AUGGGGCAUCCAACUGAGAGUCACCGAUUGGAUGUUCGGCUUACCGCCCUAAGCCACGGAUCGAUACGUGUCUGCCAGCGAUUUUUUUCUUUACCUAUGUCUUUCUUUCUUUUUUUAUUCUAUUUUAAAUUUAAUUCUUUUCUUUACUGUAUUUCUCUCAUCCUCCCGCCUCAUUCGACAUUCUUACCGUAUUUUCGUAUUAUUUAUUCGCUUUUCUCCCGUUUUUCUUCUUUUCUAUCAUUCAACUAUAUUUUCUUUCUUUUCAUUUUCCAUUUCGUAGUAAUUUCUUCCUUUUCACUUUCCUACAUAAAAGUAUUUUCAUGUGACAUUCUUUUUCUUUCAACCCAAUUUUUUUUUCUCUUAUUUUAUUUUGUUUAUUUUCAUUAUUUUUCUAUUUUACAUUGUUGUUUUACACAUUCGUGUCUACACGCUUUAUUUUUUCUUGCAUCUUUUAUUCUCUUGUAUUCUUCCUUCCAUUUUCUUAUUUCUCUUAAUAUUUUAGUCUUUUUUCUUUACUUUUCUCUUUAUUUCCAACAUCUUUACAUCUCUCCUCCCCCUCUUAUUUCUUUCUUUUCCUUUCUGCAUCAAUCGGACUCGGAACUCGACUCUUCAAACACUGGCACAAUUGCUUAA